UUUGCCUGCAGUAGGGUUUCCAGUUUCGAAACCUGAUGUGAUCUCCCAGGUGGAACGAGGGGAAGAGCCGUGGGUUCCAGACCUCCAGGGCUGUGAGAAAGAAGUGCUUCCAAGAGCUGCCUGCACAGGUAGUGACCUGUGUCUGGAUUCUCUCUGUCUCCCAUCAGGUGAUGGGAUGGUGAGUGAGAAUGAGGAGGAGAAACCCCAUCAGGAAGAUGCUGAGCGAAGAGAAGCACAUGGAAUGUUAUCAGGAAGAUCCAAAGAGAAUGUUUCCAGGAGUUGUGCACUCCCAGAAAAACCAAAGCCUGUGAGACUCAGGGGAGGCCAGAGGGAAACUUAGUAGCCUCUCAGACCUUGUAACAAGCGGCAGAAUCAACUUGGAAGAGACACGCUACAUGUGCCAUGAGUGUGGGAAAAGCUUCAGUUUGGAGCUCUACCCUUGUCAGACAUCGUAGAAUCCACACAGGAGAGACGCCUUAUACGUGUACUGAGUGUGGGAGACACUUCAGUCAGAGCUCACACCUUAUCCGACAUCAGAGAAUCCACACAGGAGAGACACCGUACACGUGCUCUGAGUGUGGGAAAAGCUUCAGUCAGAGCUCUACCCUGAACACACAUCGUAGAAUCCACACAGGAGAGACGCCCUACACAUGCACUGAGUGUGGCAGAAGCUUUCGUUGGCGCUCAGACCUUAUUGUACAUCGUAGAAUCCACACAGGAGAGACGCCGUACACAUGCUCUGAGUGCGGGAAAAGCUUCAAUCACUGCUCAACCCUUAUCAGCCAUCGUAGAAUCCACACAGGAGAGACGCCGUACAAUGCUCAGACUGCGGGAAAAGCUUUAGUUGUAGCUCAACCCUUAUCACACAUCAGAGAAUCCACACAGGCGAGAAGCCCUACUCAUGCUCAGAGUGCGGGAAAAGCUUUAUUCGGAGCUCACUCCUUAUCAGACAUCAGAUAAUCCACACGGGAGA